CCGAUUGGAAAGAAAAUGGUCAUAUUUGUUGAUGAUCUCAACAUGCCUAAGCUAGAUACGUACGGCUCCCAGCCUCCCAUUGAGCUGCUGCGGCAGUAUCAGACUUUGGUGGCUGUACGACAGGGACAAACUCUUCUGGAAAGACAUCCUGGAUAUUACGAUCUGUUCUGCCUGUGCGCCACCUGGUGGUGGGAGAAAUCCAGUGUCGCCUCGGUUCGUCCGGUUUUUCGGCAUGUUCUGCAUACCGUCGCCGACUGAGAAUAACCUGAGACAAAUAUUUAUGGCAAUAAUGGGAGGAUUCUUGGCUGAGUUCUGCCACUCGGUGAAGCAGUGUGCCGAGCCGAUCGUGUCUGCAGCCGUGGACAUCUACAGUCGCAUGUCGACAGACCUGCUACCGACGCCCGCCAAGUCUCACUACGUCUUCAACCUGCGCGAUCUCUCCAAGUGCAUCCAGGGAAUCCUACAGGUGGUGCCAGCAGUCAUUAAGACCCAGCCAGCAGGUAUUUCGACUGUUCUGUCAUGAGGCGCAGCGAGUGUUCCACGAUCGA